UAUCAAGAAGCUCUUACCCUUUGUACUGAUCAUAACGUGCCAAUGACCGAAGAGAUUGCUGAGAAGUUGACACCUCCCCAGCUCCUUGUUCAUACGUCCAAAGCAUUAGGCAAUUUGUCCACUUCUGGUUCAGCUAUCAGACGAGCCAGCCAUUCGUCCUCUUCAGAUGCUGCUGGUUUGCCAGAAAAAGAGAGCUUUCUUUCUGAACUAGCCGAGCUUUGUAUGUCUCAGGGUCAUUACCAUUUAGCCUGCAAAAAAUUUACACAAGCCGGUAAUCGACUUGGGGCAAUGAAAGCGCUUCUUCGUUCUGGUGAUACAGAAAAGAUUGUCUUUUUUGCCAACGUCAGUAAACAGCGUGAAGUCUACGUGAUGGCGGCCAACUAUCUGCAAACACUGGACACCUGGAGGACGGAUCUCAAUGUGAUGCGUACAAUUGUGCAGUUCUACACUAGGGGCAAAGCUUUGGACGCGCUUGUUUCCUUUUAUGAAGCCUGUUCACAGGUGACCAAAACCUUUCUCUAUCCUAUUAUUCGUGCCUAUUUUAAAACUUUCACGUUUUUUACGUAUAUGUAA